CUGACGAACACCCCGAUCCCGACCGAUCCCCCCCCUCUGGCCUCCAUCCCCGACUCCAUCUCGCGAUUACCAGGACAACCACCUAGCAUGGCUGCUCCUCGCCCAUACAACAACAACACCAACCCGGGCUACAUGCCUAACGGAGCUUCUUCCAUCCAACCUGGAGCUGCGCCGCUCCUUCCCAACCAAGGCCGUGUCCUCCAGACUGGCCCCAUCCGUGUCUUGUGCAUAGCUGAUGUUCGAGGAAACCUCACAUCUUUGAACGACCUCGCAAAACAAGCACGAGCCGACCACAUCAUUCACACUGGCGACUUUGGCUUCUACGACGACACCUCCUUGGAGCGAAUCGCAGAAAAGACCCUCAAGCAUGUUGCCCAAUACUCCCCCCUGAUUUCCGAGCCCGUCAAGAAGGCGAUCCAGCAGGGCGGUCCCGGUCCAGUCAAGAGCCGAUUCCCUCCCAACGAGCUUCCCCUCUCCGAACUCUCCCUACUCCUGAGCGGCGAAAUCAAGCUCGAUGUCCCCGUCUACACCGUAUGGGGUGCCUGCGAAGAUGUGCGCGUUCUUGAGAAGUUCCGGUCCGGCGAGUAUAAGGUACAGAACUUGCACAUCAUCGACGAGGCUCGGUCGAUGCUUUUGGAGAUUGGCGGAGUGAAGCUCCGUCUGCUCGGUCUUGGCGGUGCUGUCGUCAUGCACAAGCUGUUCGACAACGGCGAGGGACGCACUACGAUCGCAGGAGGUCAGGGUACCAUGUGGACCACCCUCCUGCAGAUGGGUGAGCUCGUCGACACUGCCCACCGAGUCUACGACCCUACCGAGACCCGUGUUUUCGUCACCCACGCUUCUCCUGCCCGUGAGGGUAUCCUCAACCAGCUCUCCGUCACCCUGAAGGCCGAUUUCUCCAUCUCUGCUGGACUGCACUUCCGCUACGGCAGCUCCUACAACGAGUUCAGCGUCAACCCUACCCUCGACCACUACCGCGGCAAGCUCGCCGCCUCCAAGGCCUCCUUCAACGACGUCUGGGAGACUGUCAAGGGCGAGGUCGAGCCGGCCAUCUCCCAGAACGAGGCGCAGCAGAACCUGCUCAAGAACGCCCUGCAGCUUGUGGAGAAGAUGCCUACCACGGCUGCCGGCGGCAACCCCUUCGGUGGUCCCGUCGCCGGCCAAGCACAGCUGGGCCAGGUGGAUGAGAGCGCCUUCAAGAACAUGUGGAACUUCAACCUGGCAGAUGCCGCCUUCGGCUGGCUUGUGCUUGAGAUCCAAGACGGGCGUAUCGGAACCGAGAUGCGUGCGCAGGGCUUCAACUUCUCACAUAGGGGUGCUAAGGCGGCGGCGCCCGUCCCGGCCGCAGCCCCCGCUGGUGCUCCCGGCAACCUCCCGGCUCCGGCUCCUCCCUCGACGCAAAGCACAGCUCCCCCUCCUGCGAGCAGACAACCUUCAUCUCAAGCCCCUCCCAAGCCUGCCGUCGCGACGCCGCUGCCGCCUGCCAAGCCCGCGACUCCUCAGCCUGCUGCCGCUCCCACGCCGCCCGCCGUGCCUCCUAAGGAUGAGCGUCCGGCUCCCGCGGCUGCUAACGGAUCAGCCCACGGCCCUGACCCCAUCUCCUCUCCCGCUCCCAAGACUCCCGCGCAAGAUAUCAUCGGUCUGUUCAUUAUGAAUGUCAGCUCCGAGGAGCAAACACGCGACCUCUUCGACGGCGAACACAAGGCCAACAUUCUCAAGAUUGAGAAGUGGGGCAAUUCCAACAAGGUUGUUCAAUUCAAGACCAUGGAGGAUCGUGAUGCCGCGCUCGCAAGCCUUCCCGAGGAUCUCAAGACGCGCGCCCAGGAGGACCGCUCUCGUCCCCUCGUCAAGGUGUUCCAGCACCGCGAGACCAAGUUCCAGCCCCGUAGCGGCGCCGGCAACUGGGGAAGCAGCAGAGGCGGCGGCAACUCGGCGAACACGGGCAGCGGCUACCGUAGUGCCGGUGGGGCCAGUGACUCUGAGAGCAACCGCCGCGGCCGUGGAGGAGCUCGAGGCGGCCGCGGAGGCGAGCGGGGUCGCGGUCGUGGCCGAGGCGGACUCAAGGGUGACGGUGGCGCGUCACCUGCCCCUGGUCCCGCCACCCCGGCGGAUUAG